CGUGCGGCAAGGAUGCUUAGCUGCCUCAUCUAAGCCGAAAACUGAAAACCAGAAAAAAACCCAGUGAAAAUACAAGAACUAAAAACCUACGAAAAGAGAAAUAUUCAAGCCAACUCGCUAACGGACUUUUAAUUAGAUUUUUACAUGGCAAAGUUUAUUGUGGCCCAUGGCUUAGUGAACCGAAAUAAAACUAUAUUAAUACAAAUUUUCCUAGAAUCCCCUGUUUGGGACGUGAGUGCCGGAAGGCGGUUUUCCUAAUUCUCGGAUUCACAGCACCUGCGGAUUGCAAUGUUGCCCAGAAGUCAGUGAAGAUGUACUGCACACCAUAAACCAAGAAAGGUCGAACUUAAGUACAAGUUUUGGAGUAUAUUAUAUCCUCGUUAGGAUAGUACAAGCGAAACAAAGAGAUAGUGCCAUGGCAAUGGACCUAAUCGAGCAGGAACCCCGCCUGGAAUUUUUGCCCGGAGCAGAGGAGGAGGCGGAAUUCGAACGCUUGUACGCUGCUCCCGCUGAGAUUGUGGCCCUGCUGUCCAUCUUCUAUGGCGGAAUCAGCAUCGUGGCUGUCAUCGGCAACACUCUGGUCAUCUGGGUGGUGGCCACCACCAGGCAAAUGCGGACGGUGACGAAUAUGUAUAUUGCUAAUUUGGCCUUUGCCGAUGUGAUCAUUGGCCUCUUCUGCAUACCCUUUCAGUUCCAGGCUGCUCUGCUGCAGAGUUGGAAUCUGCCGUGGUUCAUGUGCAGCUUCUGCCCCUUUGUCCAGGCCUUGAGUGUCAAUGUCUCCGUAUUCACGCUGACCGCCAUUGCAAUCGACCGACAUCGAGCCAUCAUUAAUCCACUUAGGGCACGUCCUACCAAGUUCAUAUCGAAGUUCAUAAUUGGUGGAAUUUGGAUGUUGGCCUUGCUCUUUGCUGUGCCCUUUGCCAUAGCCUUUCGGGUGGAGGAGUUAACCGAAAGGUUUCGUGAGAACAAUGAUACCUUCAAUGUGACGAGACCAUUUUGCAUGAACAAGAACCUAUCGGAUGAUCAACUGCAAUCCUUUCGGUAUACCUUGGUCUUUGUGCAGUAUCUGGUUCCAUUCUGCGUCAUCAGCUUUGUCUACAUUCAGAUGGCUGUACGUUUGUGGGGCACUCGUGCCCCUGGAAACGCACAGGAUUCACGGGACAUAACCCUGCUGAAAAACAAGAAAAAGGUCAUCAAAAUGCUGAUCAUCGUGGUCGUUAUCUUUGGCCUGUGCUGGUUGCCACUGCAACUCUAUAAUAUUCUGUAUGUUACGAUACCGGAAAUCAACGACUACCAUUUCAUUAGCAUCGUCUGGUUCUGCUGCGACUGGCUGGCCAUGAGCAAUAGCUGCUACAAUCCCUUUAUUUAUGGCAUCUACAACGAAAAGUUCAAGCGGGAAUUUAAUAAGCGCUUUGCCGCCUGUUUCUGCAAGUUCCAGACAAGCCUGGACGCCCACGAAAGGACCUUUUCGAUGCACACCCGCGCCAGUUCGAUAAGGUCGACGUAUGCCAACUCCUCGAUGCGAAUCCGGAGUAAUCUCUUUGGUCCAGCACGGGGCGGGCUCAACAACGGAAAGAUGGGUUUGCAUAUGCCGCGAGUGCAUGGUAGUGGAAAUGGAAGUACCACUAACAGCGGGAUUUACAACGGAAGUGGCGGUCAGAACAACAAUGUCCAUGGCCACCAUCAUCAUCAGCAACAACAUCAAAGUGUGGUUACCUUUGCUGCCGGGCCAGAUGUAUCGGGACCAGGUGGUGUUGUUUCAAUGCCACCGUGGCGACGAAACAACUUUAAGCCACUGCAUCCGAACGUAAUCGAAUGCGAGGAUGACAUGGCACUCAUGGAGUUGCCAUCAACCACACCACCGAGCGAGGAGAUGGCCUCCGGCGGCGGCGGAGUUCAGCUGGCCUUACUUAGCAGGGAGAACUCCAGCUGUAUAUGCGAACAGGAGUUUGGCAGCCAAACCGAGUGCGAUGGCACCUGCAUACUCAGCGAGGUGUCGCGAGUCCAUUUGCCCGUCGGAUCACAGGCUAAAGAGAAGGAGACGCCGGGCAAGUCCCUGUGGCAACCACUUUAAUUUUAACAAGAGUGAUUUAAGUUGUAGUCGUGUUCCAAUGGCAUGUAUUUGAAAAAUUGUUUCUAGGGGAAAAAACUGUUAGCUGGCAGGUCAAAGUUGGAGUAUAUAACUUUAGUUUCCAGUCAUUGUAUAUACAUAUAUAUUUCUCGGCUAAGAAGAACUUAAAACCAACUUAAUUUGCCAUUGGAACAUGACUAUUAACCUCUGUGAUUUCGUCUUAAUGAAUUGUGAUUACAAGUCCCAUUGCUGAUAAUUGGUUUGCAGAAGGAUAGGUAUUGAUAGAGUGUGAAUGCUGGUCGUGAACCAUGUACAGUAUUAUAAUAAUUCUAAACUUCAAAGAGCGUUCCUUAAAGCAGAAACUAAAGAACUUUUAUUUGAUAGUCAUUCUUGCAAAGCCAAAACUCACCAAAUUCGUAUUAAAAGCAGAACAAAAAACAAAAAUAUUCAACUUAAAUAAGCACCUGAAAUCAAUUAAGUAGCGUUAAUUUAAAUUAUUUAAAUAGUUAUUUAACGAAAUCCGAUUAUGUAUUAAAAAACUGCACAAGCACCCAGCUGGAUGUUUGCAAAUGGAAUGUACAAUAUUUGUCAUUAAAAGAAUAAAACAGAAAGGCUAAUUAAUGUAAUUAUUAUUGUAUUAAACUACCAAACGAAAACGAAUAAACAUUUCGAGUCAUUAAGCAGAAUAAAACCUCUUUUUUUUCUUUUUUUUUUUUGCUAAUUACAAUAAAACGCAAUUUUUAUUGUUUAUGCGCGGGCCAUAAAUUGUGAAAAUAAAAAUGGUGGGCUAUUUCCGCUUCAUUUCAUUGGGUUUAAUUUAUGUGCCGGGUUAAGCUUUUAAUCUUUUUAUGAUGCUGCUCUGCCAUAAAUCUAGGAAAUUAAGAAAUUGAACUUUUCAGUUUUGAGUUUUUUCUACUUUUUACUUGAAGAUUUUCAGUUAGCGGAGACUGCAACCGGAAAUGGCCAAUCAAAAGCUUAAGAUGGUGGAAAAGCUUUAAAGUUUCUUGUUAGC